CCGAGCCUCGUAUCAGUGCACUUUCAAGAUGGCUGAACAAGAACCAAGUCGAAGUUUUACGGACGAGCAGUUAAAAUCAGAUGCAGUUUCAAAGAAGGAUAUUAUCAAAUUUCUUCAAGAUCAUGGAACAUUUGAGUUUCUUAAAGAGAUGAAGGUCAAUGGCAAGUUGAAUAACAUAGCCAAGACAAGCAAGAAAGACCAUCUUAUCAUGGCAUACAAUAGCCUUUUUGAAAGAAAAGCCUUUAGGAAAGCUGAUGAAGCCAGCUUGGAGGACCAGCUUAAAAUGGACCAGCUAAGCAAGCACACAGCAGCUGUCAAACUGGCAGAUGAAAAGAAAGCUGCACAAAAAGAAGAAGAAGCGCAUCAAAUUAAAGAGGAACCUAAAUACAAAAAGAUUAUUCUCAAGGCGGGAGACAAGAAAACCUUCCCUUCAAAGAAUGACAAAGUGUCAUGUUUGUAUACUGGUAAAUUGGAAGAUGGCACUAUAUUUGAUACCAAUUGCUCAGUAACUGCAAGAAAAAACCGAAAAGGUGAAAUAAAACCUCUUAUCUUUCCAGUUGGAACUGGAAAAGUCAUCAGAGGGUGGGAUGAAGCGUUAUUGACCAUGAGUAAGGGAGAGAAGGCAGAACUUYACAUUGAGCCGGAGUGGGCAUAUGGAAGAAAGGGACUUCCUGAUGCAGGGAUCCCACCAUUUGCAACGCUCAUCUUUGAGGUAGAGCUUGUCAACAUUGCUGACUAAUCAGCAGACCAGUAACAAUUUUGUUCAUCAAAAAUGUCAUUAAUAUGAUGUUUAUAUAUAUUUGUACAUAUAUCUUUGAUGUUCAAUAAAAAUCUUUGCUUAUAA